UGGGCUAGGCUGGGCUGGGCAGCGGCGGCGGCGGCUGCGUCGUGUCGGGCGGCGGCGGCGGCAUGGCGAGCCCUCGGUGCGCCCCGGCGCUGGCGGAGCUGCUGGGCGAGGCGCUGGUGGCGCCGGACGGCUCGGCGGUGGCCACGGCCUCGCUGCCGGCGCGGGGCGUCUCGCUGGUGGGGCUCUACUUCGGCUACUGCGGGAGCGGCGGGCCGGGCGCUCAGCUGGCCGCCAGCCUGGCCGCCUUCUACGCGCGCUUCCAGGCGCCCCCCAGCGCGGCCGGAGCGGCGGAGCAGCCGCCGCCGCCGCCGCCGCAGCGCCUGGAGCUGGUCUUCAUCUCCGCCGAGCAGGACCAGCCGCGCUGGCAGGAGGCCACGCGGGCCAUGCCCUGGCUGGCGCUGCCCUUCGCCGACAAGCGCCGCAAGUUGAAACUCUGGAACAAGUUCCGAGUCUCCAACAUUCCCUCGCUGAUAUUUAUAGAUGCCAUCACUGGGAAAGUUGUGUGCCAGAAUGGCCUCCUGGUAAUCCGAGACGACCCUGAAGGUCUGGAGUUCCCGUGGGGUCCCCGUCCCUUCCAAGAGGUGGUUGCUGGUCCUUUGGUCCAAAACAAAGGCCAGUCUCUUGACAGCAGCACACUGGAGGGCUCCUAUGUUGGUGUUUACUUCUCUGCACAUUGGUGCCCUCCCUGCAGAAGCCUCACUCGUGUCUUGGUGGAAUCCUAUCGGAAAAUCAAGGACGGGGGACAAAAAUUCGAGAUUGUCUUUGUUAGUGCAGACAGGUCUGAGGACUCUUUUAAGCAGUAUUUCAGCGAGAUGCCCUGGCUGGCAGUCCCGUAUGCUGACGAAGCCAGGCGCUCACGUCUUAACCGACUCUACGGCAUCCAAGGGAUCCCAACUCUCAUCAUCCUGGACCCAAAGGGAGAGGUGAUCACACGGCAAGGCCGGGUGGAAGUACUGAACGACCUGGAUUGCCGGGAGUUCCCCUGGCACCCCAAGCCGGUCCUGGAGCUGACGGAGGCCAAUGCUGUGCACUUGAAUGAGGGCCCGUGCCUCGUUCUUUUUGUGGAUUCUGAUGACGAUGGGGAGUCUGAAGCAGCCAAGCAGCUCAUCCAGCCCAUUGCUGAGAAAAUAAUCGCCAAAUACAGAGCCAAAGACGAGGAGGCCCCGCUGCUGUUUUUCGUGGCUGGAGAGGACAACAUGACUGACUCCCUUCGGGAUUAUACCAACCUCCCGGAAGCAGCUCCCCUCCUGACCAUUUUGGAUAUGUCUGCCAGGGCCAAGUACGUGAUGGACGUGGAGGAGAUCACCCCAGACAUCGUUGAAACGUUUGUGAAUGACUUUCUAGUGGACAAGCUGAAACCUGAACCCAUCUGAAGCGGAAGUGUGGGAGAAGCAGGGUGGGAAAGGCUGCCUCUAGGGCCUCCCCCACCCCACUCCACUCGGACCCCAUUUUUAAAAUUGCAGGAUUUCCCCAGCCCUGAGUAGGGCCUGACCGGCAGACUUCCUUGUGGUGCCUUGCUUUAACACAGCUGAGUCUUCUCGCCGCCAUUCUUCAAAGGUGCUGUUUCCAAGCAGGGGGGCAUCGAUGGGGGCAGAGCGGGCUGCUGCUUGGGACGAGCUGCAAGCGGUGGCAGUUUGCUGUUCACACAUGGCGUUAGCUAGCAGGUAAAGAUGGACUGUUUCCCGAUUGCAGCUCUAGGUGUGGGUACGGGGGUGGGUGGGCACGUCUGGGGCCUUCCUCCUCUUUCUGCAUUCACAUAACCGUUGCAAACCAAGCAAUAAGCAAAUCUCGUAUUUCUGCCCCCCCUUUUUUUUUUGCAUCUUCCCCUAACAGUAAGUGGGGGAAUCCUUUUAAAUGAACAAAAUCUGAAAAACUACAACUCGUAGAAAUAGUUUGAUUUUUUUUCAUAGUGUGCUGUAAUGGCAAGAUUGGGGGGGGUGCCCCCCCACAUCCUUUAGAUGCAGUUUUAACUUUCAACCCCACCCCAUCCCCGGUUUCUGGGGCUCCCCCAGCUCCUGGGGCUUGUAAUAUCUGGGAGAAGGAAUGGAAGUUAAGGGGGUCUUCCCACAGUGAUUCAGUUUUUCAAACUCCCUUUCCCAGGAAGAGGAAGGCAAAGGUGCCUGCUAUGAUUCUGUAGCCAGGCAUCAUCCAAAAACUGCUCACCUGCUGGAGCCCUGAGCAGUCCUGCUGCACUGCUUCUCAGCCCAGGAGUCCACCUUAUUUUGUGGGGCAGGAGCUGGCAGCAAAGGAUACUGGCUACACCGAUCCACCCGGAGGACUGCACCAGCCUCCGUGGGGUAUCCCUAUGCAGCUCGGUUUCAAGAUUUUUUGAUGAGUGGGGUGGAUGGAGAAUGUACCUUUCCCAGACCAAGAUGCCAGCACCCAAGCUGGGCCCACUGCCAACCACCGAAAAGCCUCUGGGUGGCGGUGAGGAUUUGGGGCCCCCAGGGCUCCGUUCCUCACUCCCCCCCCCCCCCCGCAACUUGCUUGGCGAUGACUGCCUCAAAGAGCAGCUGUUGCUAUCCCUCUCCCUGGGUGUUCCCAAAGGCUCCCCCACAAAUGAGAGUUCCUGAACCAUUUCGAGCCCCAUGAAUUGUAGCGCUGAGCCCAGUGCAUGGCAGCAUGUGUGUGUAUGGGAAGGGGAUACCACAGCAGCCGAGCCUUUCACUGGGCUUUAGACACAGUGGAGCUGUCUCGGCACGACCCGCGUUUGGCACCUGGCACUGCCGUCCCUGUGGUGAAAAGCUGAGGUUCAGCACCAUUCUUACGCCGCUUAGGAUCAGGGCAUAGCAGAGUAAGAGCGUUUUUAUCUGGCCCUUCCCUCCAGGGCGCUCUGGGGCACAGUGGGCAUUGUUCUCGCCUCUUUAUCCCAUGAAGUAGGUUAGCCAGAGAGGGACUGAUCCAAGAUCACCCCUAUUGUUAAGCACAUGGACAGUGAGCCAUCAGAUGGCUUUUCUGUGGAGUGUCGGGGGUCUUUCUUGUAUUACCUGCACUGGGGGAAUUGUAGCCAACGCCUCCCCCCAAACACCCCAAUACUGCUGCAGUUGGUUCUCUUUUUCCCAAGUGCUGUCCUCUUCUUACAUCUAAUGGUGGGUUGAUUCUCCAGAGGUGCAACCCUAUCUUUUCAGGCACUGGGGGAUGAAGGGGAGCCCGCUUGGACUAGCACAGCCAACCUCCCUCCUUUUUUUCUAUGCCCUGGCAAAGUGACAUUGUAAAAACUGUACAUGGUGGUUGGAACUUUGUAAUAAAACCUGUUCUCAUGACUUGCACUUGUA